AUGGAUAAUCAAAAAGAUAUAAUAAAGUUUCAAUGUCCAAAUCACCAAAUAGUAUAUAAAAUCAUUUGUAAUCAAUGUAAUAAGUUGAUGUGUUCAAAAUGUUGCUCUGAUCAUACUGAUGAUCAUUCUAAAUAUUAUGAUCAUAUCGAUUUAAUUAAACAAUCACUUAAUAAUUUAUCAAUUGGUGAUAUCGAUAAUAACAACAACACUAGUGAACACAGUUCUAAUAAUAAUAAUAAUAUAAAAGAUAGACUAUCAAGACUAUGGACUAAAUUACAAUCAUCUACAACACAGUACCAAUCUUUGGAAUCAACAGAGAAUGAAAUAACACAACACUUUCGUCAUCUACAUGACUAUCUCAUCGCUGAAGAACAGAGAUUAAAGAAACCGAUCAUCAAUUCCAAAGAUAUCAUAUUCAAUCAAAUGGAUAUUGAUAUCAAUGAAUUGAAACAUUUAGUAAAUCUAAUCAAUAUUAAUAAUAAUAAUAACAGUAAUAAUGAUAAAGAUAGUAAAGAAUACAACAAUGAUGAUCCAUCAACAAACAAAGAUAUUACAGAAAGAUAUCAAACACCAACAAUCAUGGAAUCAAUUAGAUUAUGUAAAACAUUAGAAUCAUUCAUUCAGGAAAAUAGUGAUUCUUUAUUCGAUUGUCAGGGUGACGCAAUUAGUAUAUCAGAUCAACUAUCAUACUAUGAUAACGAUACAGAUUCAAUGAUAUUAGAUACGAUCUACAAGUACAACCAACAAUUAAAGUCGUCUGGUACCAGUUCAGCGGGUGACUAUGAACAAGCAAUAGACACUCUCUAUAAAUUCAUAGUAAACAAAGGCAAUAUGAAUCAAUUUAGAGAUUUAUACGAGCAAACAUGUCAAUUACAUUGUGCUUCAAUUAAAACAAUGGCAAUUCAGAAAUCAACCUAUCUUUUUUCAACCUUUGGAAAGUCUGCCACCAUCAUCGAUAUUUCCAAUCGCGAUAAUGUUACAAUAAAUGAUACCCUAUUGAAUUUCGAUAGUUACUUUACGUAUGCAUCGAUUGUAGCUGUUGGUGAUAUCGUCUUUAUCUUUGGCGGUUACAGUCAACCCAACAAAUUCCUCAGAUUCUCAAUGACCACAAAGAGGAUCGAUAUUAUCUCUGACAUCGAAGUGAUAGAGGGUGCCUACGGAUCGACCGGUUCAACAUUCACACAAUGGAUUUUGAGAAAUACUAUCAAAUGGAGAACAAAGACAGUUGCUAUCUACUGUUGA